GGAUUAUAUUGCUCGGUCUGGGAAGGCAGCCAUUGUUGGUGUUUGGAGUUUUAGGUGUUCUCUGAGAUUAGUAAGGGUUUACAUUGGUUUGUGCCGUCUCAAAUCUUAAUUUAAGUGUGUAGGGAAUAGGUAAUGUCUACAAUGAAUCCCGAAUAUGAUUACCUGUUCAAAUUGCUGUUGAUUGGUGACUCAGGAGUUGGAAAGUCUUGUCUCUUGCUUAGAUUUGCAGAUGACACAUACACAGAGAGUUACAUCAGUACAAUUGGAGUGGACUUUAAAAUACGAACUAUUGAUUUGGAUGGAAAGACGAUAAAACUCCAAAUUUGGGACACUGCUGGACAGGAACGGUUCCGAACAAUUACAUCAAGUUACUACAGAGGUGCACAUGGUAUUAUUGUGGUGUAUGACUGCACAGAUGAAGAAUCUUUCAUCAAUGUUAAGCAGUGGUUAGAAGAAAUUGAUCGUUACGCAUGUGACAAUGUAAAUAAACUGUUGGUAGGAAACAAAUGUGAUCUCACAACCAAAAAGGUUGUCGAUUAUACAACCGCAAAGGAGUAUGCUGACCAACUUGGAAUCCCAUUUUUGGAGACGUCAGCUAAGAAUGCAACAAAUGUAGAACAGGCAUUCAUGACAAUGGCUGCUGAAAUCAAGAACAGAGUGGGACCACCUUCAUCUGCAGCAGAAACAGCUCAGAAAGUUAAGAUAGACCAAGGACAACCAAUAGAGACAACCAAAUCUGGAUGCUGCUGAAACUAGUACUAAUAUUUACAACUGAUGCAACAGUUGCCCAUACUGAAGUGUCAUACAAGAAGUGAGAGGGGGCAUGGUUUUCCAGAUAUUUAAGCAAACUGUGUAAAGAUUUUCAUAAAUAGAAUUCGGUCCAAAGAGUAACUGGAUUACCACUUAUAAUGAACUGAGAGGAGGAUUUGGUCUGGAGUGUUACUUGUAGCAGUGAAGGCAGUUGUGCACCAAAUUUUAGCUCUAGUGUCAUUAUUAUUCCAAAGUGUGUCUGUAGUUGUAUCUGGAGCAAAUCAUGCUGGUGGGGGAGGUGUGCUUUCUACUGGAAUAACUCCAUAAUUUAUGUCAGUUUGAAGAUCAUCAUCCAAAUUGUAUGGUUAUUGAAUUGUAUUUAGUAAGAAAAGUUGAUAUUUCUAAGCAUUUCACAUAUGUAAAAUAAUAUACAUAGUAUACAUAUAUAUAUAAAUAAUAUACACACAACUUUCUUUUUGUGACUUAGGAACCAUUCUUGGAGAUUUAAGAUUCAAUUUUGGGGGGGGGGGAGUUUGCACAGUCUGAAUGCUUUUUAUGUAUAAUAUUUAUAUCUUGUUUACUUUAUCUUUGCCAGUGGAUAUAACUACAGAGUGCUUUCUUUCAUGAAUCUGUGUUGUAUGGAGGUGUACAGAGUAACAGUUAAAAAGUCUGUCAUUCCGUAAUUAUAAGAACUAUUGUAACUGUCUGUUUCUCCUGAUUGAAGUAAAAUAAAUGUUCUAAAUAUAUAGAAUAGGCUGUCUUUUCAUUAACAAUGAUCCCAUUCAGUGUUUUUGUACAUUUUGUUAAAUGUAUUGAAACAGCCGUUUUCCGGAUUGUCCAUUCUUUUAUUGCGUUUAAUUCAUAAUUAAAAUGAGCUCCGUCAUGUAGAUCUUAAGAAAUGGGUGUUGUAUAAAGGACGUGGGUCUUGAAGUUUGCAAGUGUUAUACUAGAAGCAUCCCUUAAAUGUUGUUGAAUGAAUGUGUUAGAGUAACUGAAUGCAAAUUUCACAUAUUGUCUCUGGAUUUGGUAGUACGUUAAAUUUAUUUAUCGAAAAUGUGUAAAAAGUGUACAUUGUAUGCAUUGUUGCUGCUAGUUUAAUACUUCUCAGAUCUGUUUUGGUGUUUGUAUAAAUAAUAUGUAUUUGUGUGUGUUACAAUAAAAUAGUGGCUCUAAGUAUAUCACAUUUAGUUAAAUUAAAAAUUUGUUUUAGUUUUAUCACUAUAUAUAUAUAGGAAAUACUGAAAACAUGCCAAAAGGGUAUGUGCUUAUAAUCAGGAGCAUACUUGAGUAAUAUGCAGUUUUGUAGGUAAUUGAGGCUCAGUGCUGAGUCCUGGUUUUCACAAGAGUACAUUGUAAAUCUAAAUAUUUAACAGGUCUGCUUGCGUGAUAUUGUAUCUAAUUAGUAAAAUUGUUUUGCCUUCUCACCAAUCCGCAAAAAGUGUUCUGUCUGUAUGUCAAGUACUUGAUAUUAAUUUUUAAGAGUGGUAUAUGAAUAUGCUUAUUAUUAUGGCUUUGUGUUAAUGAAAACAAGCGCUGCAGGACUGAAUGAGAAUUACAGAAAGUACAGGUUAGAGAAGAAAGUAUGUUUUGAUGUUAUACUCUCAGAAAUUAUAACUUAAUAUUGUAACAGUAUAUAUCUUACUUACUAGUGGUAAUGUUGCAAGUGGUACAAUUUCUUAUUUAGGGAGAUUUUAUCCAUUUUCAAAAAUUGACACUGUCCACAUUUUCUUAAUUUUGAAUAAAAUUUGAUAAUGAUCCACAUUGUCUUUUGAAUAUUGUAUUUAUAGGAAAAGAUUGUUCUGAAAAGUCAGAAUGUAAUAAAUUAUUGCUUUUGUUGUACUUGUUCAAAAUUAUAUCUGAUAAACAGUU